CUUCUGAGCGGUGGUAUACUACAGCUAUAGUUAGUAGCCAUUACUGGACGAAACAGCAGCAAGCACCAAACCACAAACAACAAACAACAAAGAAAAGACAACGAUAUCACAUACAAAAAAAAAAAAACGGAAAAAUGACCGACCCAACAACCACCAUCGACGUCGACCUCGACAUCCAAGAAAUCCUCCUCGCAGCCUCCCAACACGACAUCCCCAAACUCCGCCGUCUAAUCCGCCUCACAGCCGGCGUCGCCAACCCCGCCAACGUCAAGGACCCAGAGACAGGAUUCUCCCCGCUCCACGCUGCCAUUUCCGCCUGUGAGCCCGACGACGAUGAAGACGAGGCAGUGAACGGCGCUAGCGAACAAGCGGAGAAAGAGAAGAAAAGCGCGGCCGAGUCCGCGGCAGAGACGGUCAAGUUCCUUUUGCAGGAGGGUGCUAUCUGGAAUGAUCUGGAUUUGAAUGGCGAGACGCCUGGGUGUGUGGCGAGGAGGUUGGGGUUGACUGAGGCGUAUGAGAUGGUUGUUGAUGCGGGGGUUCGGGCGGAGUUGUUGCUGAAUCGGUUGGAUGGGUAUGAGGAGAUUGAGGAGGAGGUUGAGGAGGAUGAGCAAGAGGAGGGUGUUGCAGACACGGAGUCGGCUGCGCCAGCACAGGACGAAGAAGCGCCGCAGUUGGUGGAGGCAGACGCAGACGUGACGCAAGCGCGCUACCUCGACUCGAACCUCACCUUCCAGAACGACCGACUGAUCGACGCCGACCGCAACGGGCGCCGCGAAGCUGCUCCUACGCCCGGACUGCGGGUCCUCAACGUGGGCCACGGCAUGGGCAUCGUGGACCAGUUCCUGCAGGACCGCCAGCCGGCCGAGCACCACAUCAUCGAGGCGCACGCGGACGUGGUCGCCGAGAUGAAGCGGCGCGGGUGGCACCAGAAGCCUGGGGUGCGCAUCCACGAGGGCCGGUGGCAGGAUGUGUUGCCGGCGUUGGUGGCGGAGGGGGAGAUGUUCGACGCGGUGUACUACGAUACGUUUGCGGAGUCGUAUGGGGAUUUCCGGGAGUUUUUCACGGAGCAGGUGAUUGGGUUGCUGGAGCAGGAGGGACGGUGGAGUUUCUUUAAUGGGAUGGGGGCGGAUCGGCAGAUUAGUUAUGAUGUUUAUCAGAAGGUGGUGGAGAUGGAUCUGUUUGAGGCGGGCUUUGAUGUCGAGUGGGAGGAGAUUGAGGUGCCCAAGUUGGAGGGUGAGUGGAGUGGCGUGCGCAGGGCGUAUUGGAUGGUGGAUAAUUAUCGCUUGCCGUUGUGUAAGUAUAUGGAUUAGUACAUAUAUGGUUAUGAUACUUCAUGUCUUGACAAUGGACUGAAUUGGACUUGAC